GGCGAGAGGAGCGAGCGGCGGGAGGGAGCGGGUGAGGCGAGGGUAGUCCCGCGGUAUCCGCGGCGCCUCGCCUUCCAGCGGCUUUCUCUUCAGCGAGCGCCUUUUCUUUUCCGCGGAGCCCCCAUCCCCCUCUCCACCCCUCAGUCGAAGUCCCCCGGUCCCACCGCUAUGUCUCUCGGCCAGCGCCUGGCCCGGCUGGCCGCCCACCUGCAGGACCCGCGCAAAGUGGCCGCGUUCCAGCGGCUCUGCGGGGUGGAGGGGCCCUCGGGCUGGGCCGGCGCGGAGCAGCGGGGGCCGGUGGCGAACGGCGGCCCCGCGGGCGGGCAGGAGCAUCCCACCGGGAACGGGGCCGUGCCCGGCGCGGCGGGAAGCCCGCGGCGCUGGAGGAGGAGGCCGCGCCGAAACUCGCUGACGGAGGAGGAGGACGGCAGCCAGGAGUUCGCCACUCGCAGCCGCUUCCUCUACUAUCUGUUCAGCCUGGGCACGGAGCUGGGCAACGAGCUCUUCUACAUCCUCUUUUUCCCUUUCUGCAUCUGGAAUGUGGACGCCUGGCUGGGCCGGAGGCUCAUCAUCAUCUGGGUGUGGGUGAUGUACCUGGGGCAGUGCACCAAGGAUGUGAUCCGCUGGCCGCGCCCUGCCUCGCCGCCCGUGGUGAAGCUGGAGGUUUUCUACAACUCCGAGUACAGCAUGCCCUCCACCCACGCCAUGUCGGGCACCGCCAUCCCCCUGGCGCUGCUGCUGCUCAGCUACGGCCGCUGGCAGUAUCCCCUUGUGUUUGGACUGAUCCUGGCAUUCUGCUGGUGUUCUUUGGUUUGCUGUAGUCGAAUUUAUAUGGGAAUGCAUUCAAUUUUGGACGUUAUUGCUGGAUUUCUGUAUGCUAUUCUUAUCCUGGUUAUCUUCCAUCCACUUGUGGACCUGAUUGACAAUUUCAACUUAACUUACAAAUAUGCACCUUUAAUUAUCAUCAGUCUCCACCUGGCCCUGGGCAUCUUCUCUUUCACCCUGGACACGUGGAGCACAUCAAGGGGAGACACAGCUCAGAUCCUGGGCUGCGGUGCCGGCGUGGCCUGCGGCUCCCACGUCAGCCACAUGCUGGGCCUGCAGCUGGACCCUGCUCCCCACAGCCUGCCCCUGUCACUGUCCUCCCUCACCGUGGCUGUGUUUGGAAAGGCCAUCCUGCGCUUGCUGCUGGGGGUCAUCGUUCUGUUGCUGACCAAGGUGGCCAUGAAGAGAGCCACCAUCCCGCUGGCGUGUCGCGCGUUCCGCAUCCCGCAGGGCGACGUGCGCAGGGCGCGGCAGCGCAUGGAGGUGGAGCUGCCCUAUCGCUACAUCACCUACGGAACCGUGGGCUUCUCCCUCAUGGUCGUUGUCCCCGGCCUCUUCCAUUUCAUUGGGCUUUCCUGAUGCAGCCUGAUCGCUUUGGUAGGGAGAACUGAGCUAGUUGCUUUUUGAAGAGGUGCACUAGUUUGCUAAGGGAAGGCCGGCCAGCUGGGCUUUAGCAGAGCCUUCCUGUUAACAGCAAUACAAAGCAAGCAAAGCAUUUAAAGGGCUUUGCACAUCUCUGGGGAUGGUUUAGGGCCAGCAGUCAAGCAUCAGUCCAGGAGAAGUGCUGACCUCUGUAAAUGCUGAGUUUUGGACUUAUUGCUGUAACCAAGUCUGUGUGUGUGUGAUGCAGUGAAUGUAUGUGGGAUGGCUGCCAGGCUGUACCUGUGUACACUGACACUUCAGCAGGAGUGUCUGACAGCUGAUCAGAAGGCUCCAUUCAUGAUCUCUUUGCCAUUUCACAGUAAUUAAUUCAAGUUGUUGGACCAUAAACUGUUACAUUUGCUUUCUUCUAGUUUUUCCUCAAGUCCUGCUUCAAGGUAUUUCAAUUAAUAGGUAUUUUUAAUGGACCAAACUUGUAAUGAGGUUGAAUUUUUCUAAAUAAACGAGCAAAAGCCUUUUUCUUUAGCCCCCUUUGCAGAGAAAAAUGUCUGGAUUAGCAUUGGUAGAUAUCACUAGAGUAUAUAUAAUUCAGGUACUGUAUUUUAUGGUUUAAUAACUGUGCCUUUCUGUUGCUAAAUUAAGAAAUGCCAUAUAUACUGUGAUGUAAAAAUGCCUAAUUUUAUGGAAAAUCCUACGUAAUUAGGCAGAUAUUAAAAAAUGUUAAUUGUCCAUGUUGCUGACAUGGUCCAAGUUAACCAGAAUGUCCAGUUUUUACUGAUCAAAAUUGCAUAAAUGAAAUGACCCAGGAAUUGUGUCCUUGAGCUCAAGAUAUUGUAAAUGAACAAUAGUCCCUUUUGUAAGUAUUUUUAAUGUGUAUUGUAAGUUACUGCAAGAGGAUAUAUUUUUCUGGAGAUUGUUUAUACAGUGGAUGGAUAUUCAAAAUUAAUUAUUUAAACAUAUAAACAAUAAAAGCACCCCAUUCUGCAAAG